UAUUACGUUAAUGAAGUCAUCUGAUAUUCCAGGUUGAACCACAAUGUGUCAAUGGUAGUGGUGACGCUAAUUAAUCAAAUGAGUGCAUUGCAACUUACUGGUAUGACAGAAAAGAGUGAAAUAUUAAUGGAAUAAUGGAAUUAUAUUUUCUAGGGAAAAUUACAGAAACCCGACCACCUCGAACUAGAAAAAUACAAUUCCUCGUUCUACCGUGUUAAACAAUGGGCAAUCGCUUGUCGAUAUGCGAUACAAAUUGCUUUAUGAAAGUUACCUUUAAAUGGAAAAAUGGGACUGGAGUAGUCCCACGAUGGCAAUAAAUAAUAUGUCAUAUAAUUUCAAAUUUCAGUUCGCGUAUGAAUAAUUGAUAUAACAGCCCGGGCAUGUAGCAAUUAUUGUGACAUUUUUGCAUUUCAUUUGCAAGUAGUGAAGCUAUUAGUAAUUAUUGAAAUAGAUCAAAUUGGUAUCAAUUUAAAUAAUUCAAACUCAGAUAGAUUGAUCGAAAGACACCGUUGUUAAGAAUAUGCUAUAACUUCAUAAAAGCGGAUAUUACAUUGUAACAGCUCAGGCUUGCCAACCGUGUUUAAAAAUUGCGUGACAUAUUCAUUUUACCGGUAUUUCAAUAUGAAAGAAGGAAAGUGUCUGUUUAUUUCGUAAAAUGGAAUAUAUAAAGAAGAAAAGAUCUAACGAUGAGACGAACAAAAAAUCGGAAGUGAGGGUCCGGAUAAAUGUUGGCGGGACACUGUUUGAAACGUUUCAAAGCACUCUGGAACGAAUUCCCGGAACUAGAUUGGCGCUACUUCCGGUUCUUGGAGAAGCAGACGACACUUGGGAUAGUGAACGCGGGGAAUUCUUUUUUGAUCGACAUCCGGGUGUUUUUUCUAUGAUAAUGCAGUAUUAUCGGAGCGAGGAGCUCCACACCGAUCAUAAUGUUUGUGGCAACAUUAUCCAAGGGGAGCUGGAUUUUUGGGGUUUGACUGAGCUCGAUAUAGAACCAUGUUGUUGGGGUCACUACAGCAAGUUCAAAGAUCACAGGGAGACCCUUGCAGCUCUUGAUGACAAUUUCACACAACAAAAUGAAAUGGAAGCGUGGACCGAAAAUACAACAAAUUUUCAGAAAUUCAAACAUAGAAUAUGGCAAUUUCUUGAAGAACCCUCCACAUCGAGAGGAGCUAAGGUGUACGCCGUUCUGUCUAUGUUUUUCGUGGUUUUGUCUAUCGCCAUAUUCUGUCUGGAGACAUAUCAUUGGUUCCGGGUUCCGAUUCCCGGCGCUAACGCACACAACGCAUCCAAAUAUGACACAUACUUCUCUCCGACCGGGGACCAGUGUAUACGCACAAAACAUGAAAGUGGACAGUAUUUAUUCGAGGAAACCGAGCCACAUCCUGCGAUGACGUAUUUAGACUACGUAUGUGCUGCAUAUUUCACAAUCGAAUAUAUAGCUAGAUUCUUUUUUGCGCCAAGCAAACUCAAAUUUAUAAAAGGGCCAUUAAAUGUAAUUGAUCUCCUAUGUCUGGUCCCACAUCUCAUUGCCAUAAUCAUGGUAACAGUUGAUCCAUAUGGAUCGUCCAAGGACACGAGCAAUUUGUUUAGGGCAUUUCUGGCUCUCCGAACCGUCCGUAUUUUAAGAAUAUUUAAACUUAUGAAACAUUAUAGUGCAUUUAAGAUUUUGGUUUAUACGAUAAAGGUUUCUACCAAAGAGUUGUUAUUGAUGGUCAUUUUUUUGUUCACGGGAGUGUUAAUCUUUGCGAGUAUUAUAUUUUACACUGAAAAUGACACGUUUGACAGUAUCCCUGUUGGAUUUUGGUGGGCACUCGUUACCAUGACAACAGUCGGGUACGGGGAUAAAGUACCAAAGACAGAAGGUGGUUAUAUAAUCGGUUGUGGAUGUGUGUUAUGUGGGGUACUCACUGUUGCUUUUACAGUACCGAUUGUUGUAAAUAAUUUCACACUUUACUAUUCUCAUGCACAAAGCCGGAUAAAACUCCCGGUACAUAAGCGGAAAGAGCUAAAGAGGAAAAUAUUCUUAAAAAAUCAGAAAUCCAUAGAUAUUCUGAAGUUUAAGUGGAAAAAGGAUAAAACUAAGCGAGCAACUUUUAAUGAUAUGGAUACUAUACAUACACCACGUGACCCUCCUUCAGGGCAAGAAGACACGGAGGAAGUGAGCACACCACCAAAUAGUUCAAGAGUGACAUUGGUUCUAAGUGACAAUACAGUAGUGAGACCAGGAACCGGUAAAGCUGUGUAUGAAAAUGCUAUAAAUCACUCGUCCAUAUCUGAAACGGAUUCAGAUAUCGUUCCAGUUGAAACCCCUGAUAGGAUACAUACUGUAUCUGAAAGUAUAGACUUUUCUAUAGCUGAAACAGCAUCUCUAAGCCUACCUGGGACACCAUCGGACAUAAGCAACUCAAACGAACACCAUUUGGCUGAAACGGAGCAACUGCUCAUGGAAUUUGCAGACUAUGACAAGAAACGAAAGGAAGAGAGAAAACGUCAACUAGAAUUGAUAAAUCACAAGCGAGAUCUUCGUCGUCAGCAGCAGUUAAGCCACGAACCCAGAAAGAGACCACAUGUUGCUGCUGGUAGUAGUAAACCAUCGAACAUAAGGAAUUAG